GGCGCUGCGGACUCUCCGGCGCUGGGAGGCCCUGCCAGCCAGCCAGCCAGCCAGACGCUACCGGUUCGCCUUGUCUCCCCUCCGGGCUCGCUUCGGCUCAGCUCGGCCGGGACGCGCAAGGGCGCUGCUCCGGCCGAGCCGGAGAAACAGGACCCGAGCCAGCCUCGCCUCCGCCGCUGCAGGAUGUCGAACUCGAGCAGGAAGGACUUUGACGUGAAGCACAUCUUGCGCCUCCGCUGGAAACUGUUCAGUCACCCGGCGGCGCCCGCGGGCGGCUGUUUGCAACCGGACGGCAGCUUCGAGCACUGGGGCCCGAGCCAGAGCAGGCUGCUGAAGAGCCAGGAGCGAAGCGGAGGAGGAGGAGGAGGAGGCGCCUUCUGGAAGAAAGCCUCCUCCGCCUCGCCCUCGCAGUCCUCGGCAGCCGCCUGCCCGCCGCCCUGCGCCGUCUCUUCCUUGCCCCUCAACGGGACGUCGCUGCCGGCUACCCGGCUCCAUGGGCUGGCCGAGCCGCAAGGUCCCCCGCCGGCCCCUCGCACCAUCUUCUACGUCGAGUCUCUGGACGAAAGGCCAGCAGCGGGGGGGGACUUCGCUGAGUUCCCCCGCCCGGAGGAGAAGGCGCUGGUGCUGCGCGAAGUCAAGGGGGAGCCGCUGCCCUUCGCCGAUGGAGGCGGCCGGGCAACAGGUGAAGGCGCCGCGCACAGGCUCUCAGCGACCAGUCAUCCUUUGACUCCUCAGUGCGAUAUGGACCUUAGUAGUUCUGAAGAAUUCUACCAAGCUGUCCACCAUGCUGAGCAGACCUUCAGAAAGAUGGAAAGCUACCUGAAGCAACAGCAACUCUGUGAUGUUAUUUUGAUCGCUGGGAACCGUAAGAUACCUGCACACAGGCUUGUACUCAGCUCUGUUUCGGAUUACUUUGCCGCCAUGUUUACGAAUGAUGUUUGUGAAGCCAAGCAAGAAGAAAUCAAAAUGGAAGGGAUUGAUCCUGGUGCACUUUGGGAUCUCGUUCAGUUCGCAUAUACAGGUUGUUUGGAACUUAAAGAAGAUACCAUUGAAAACCUCCUAGCAGCUGCGUGUCUCCUUCAACUCCCUCAAGUGGUUGAAGUCUGUUGUCAUUUCCUCAUGAAGCUUUUACAUCCGUCCAACUGUUUGGGAAUCCGGGCUUUUGCGGAUGCUCAAGGAUGCACAGAACUUAUGAAGGUGGCUCACAGUUACACCAUGGAGAACAUCAUGGAGGUGAUUAGAAAUCAAGAAUUUUUGCUGCUGCCAGCAGAGGAACUGCACAAACUUCUUGCCAGUGAUGAUGUGAAUGUUCCUGAUGAAGAAACUAUUUUCCAUGCCUUAAUGAAGUGGGUCAAAUAUGACCUUCAAAGGAGAUGUAAUGAUUUGAGUAUGUUACUUGCCUACAUCCGACUACCACUUCUUCCACCCCAGAUUUUAGCCGACCUAGAAAACCAUGCACUUUUUAAAGAUGACUUGGAAUGUCAGAAGCUGAUUCUGGAAGCCAUGAAAUACCAUCUUUUACCAGAAAGACGAACACUUAUGCAAAGUCCAAGAACAAAGCCAAGGAAAUCUACUGUUGGGACCCUGUAUGCUGUGGGAGGAAUGGACAACAAUAAAGGUGCUACAACCAUUGAGAAGUACGAUCUUAGGACCAAUAUAUGGAUCCAAGCUGGAGUAAUGAAUGGAAGACGGCUACAGUUUGGCGUGGCUGUUAUUGAUGACAAGCUCUUUGUUAUUGGAGGGCGAGAUGGCUUAAAGACAUUAAACACGGUCGAAUGUUAUAAUCCAAAGACCAAGGCUUGGACGGUCUUGCCUCCAAUGUCUACUCACAGACAUGGCUUAGGAGUUACUGUUCUUGAAGGGCCCAUUUAUGCAGUAGGAGGUCAUGAUGGCUGGAGCUAUUUGAAUACAGUCGAGAGGUGGGAUCCACAAAGUCAACAGUGGACCUUUGUGGCCAAUAUGUCCAUUGCCAGAAGCACCGUUGGGGUGGCAGCUUUAAAUGGCAAGUUAUACUCAGUUGGUGGCCGAGACGGAAGUUCUUGCUUGAGUUCUAUGGAGUAUUACGAUCCUCACACCAAUAAAUGGAACAUGUGUGCUCCAAUGUGCAAAAGAAGAGGAGGAGUUGGAGUGGCCACCUGUGAUGGUUUUCUCUAUGCUGUCGGAGGCCAUGAUGCCCCUGCCUCUAACCAUUGCUCCAGACUCUUGGAUUAUGUUGAGAGGUAUGACCCCAAAACUGAUACCUGGACAAUGGUGGCCCCGUUGAGCAUGCCUCGUGAUGCUGUGGGCGUUUGCAUCCUUGGCGAUAAGCUAUAUGCGGUGGGUGGCUAUGAUGGCCAGACGUACCUAAAUACAAUGGAGUCCUAUGAUCCACAGACCAACGAAUGGACACAGAUGGCAUCUCUAAAUAUUGGAAGAGCUGGGGCCUGCGUCGUAGUCAUAAAGCAGCCAUGACACGAUCUGUAAUGGAUUUUAUUGACUUCUAAGCAGGAUUUUUCUGCCAAACAAGAAAGAAAAUUUUGUCAAGCAACAAGGUCAAUAGAUACCCUCAGUCUUCUGUUGAUCACAACUCACAGACAUUAAAAUGAAGAGAACAAAAUGAAGAUUCAAUGCCUUUUCCUAUCAAUAGAUACUGUUUUAUGGUAUAACAAGGGGGAAAAAAAUCUGUUUUAGUAGCCAAUCUGUGUAUGUGAAAAGGAAGAAAUUCAGUUACUGAUCUAUUGGCUAUUCAAAAGAAACCAAGCAAAAGACCAAAUUUUCUUAACAAAUGGAUGGUUUUCAUAGCACUAGAUAUUUUAUCUCCAUCACAGCACACUGUCACUUUGUAAAAACAUAGCUUUUUUCUUAAAAAGUUGUAUUUUAUUUAUUUGCAUUCUUUUUCGCUUAAAGCCUUAUCUUCAAACAUUUUAGCACUUUGCUACUGACACAGACAAUGAUGAGACAGGACAAAAUCCUAGUUUUGUUUCCUCUUGUAAGAAAGUACAAAGGCACAGUUCUUUUUCGUCAUUGAAAACGAUUCGACAUAUUAAACCAUGGUUGUUUUCCUAAUCAAUGACUGGUCCUUCCACUAAAUGGCUUGGGUGGAAUUGUGUUUCUAUCGAGUGUUGCCGAGCAAAUGUGGUUCAGACUGAAGAGUGAACCUUCAGACAAUUGAGGUUCGAUGCCAUAAAGGAGAGCCAAAGGAAUACGACCCCAGAUCUACCCUGCUCAAGCAUGUGGAGCUUUCUUUCUUUCAAAGCUUUUGAACUUCUCCUGCAUGUGAGAUUUAUGUAGAAGAUGGAAAAAAUGGCAGUUUGUCCACCGUUGCAUUAUCUAAGAGAUAUCAUUGAGCAAUUUUAAGGAAGAGACUCACUGGGACCUAGAUGUGCAGCAGGGAUGGGUUUCACUUACCUUUGCUACAAUUUCUCUCGCGCGUGCAGAUCGUAUUUGAUGACGUCCAGGCGGGUGGGCGGAGCUACCGGUUCGCCCGAACCGAGGCGAGCCGGUAACAACCCACCACUAGUGUGCAGUAAGAGAGAUACGGAGGUUCUAAUGCCUUUUGUGUUUUCAGAAGCCAUCUUUACUGUGAUUCAAUAUAAUUUGAAUUACUCUCCGAUUGCUGAUGAUGAUUGAACCUAAAGACUGACCCAAUUUUUCAAUGGGAGAACCAGCCCUCUUGCUUUUUUUAAAAAAAAAAUAAGUGCCACUCAAAGGGAUUGGCUUGAAUAUUUGGAGAAAGAAUGUCUAACAUGGUUUAAGAUACACACUUCCAAAUUGCUUUCUCCACCAGUGGCAAAAUGUGGACAGAUUGAAAGCAAGAAAAAGUGGCAAGAAUUAGCAUGUAAGAAAGGUUUUUAGAAGCCCAUCUCUCUUCCGAUUGAGUUGAUAGCUUUUUUUAUAUCUGAUCUUUAAUUUAAAAAUAAAUUAAAAAAACAACUUUGGGGAGCUAUUGCGUAAGGCUGCUAUGUGAUAUCUGUUUUGGCUGUAAGGAAUGAAACAUUCAUAUACAAGAGGACGGAAGCCCAGAUGUUUUGCCAGAAUGAUGUGCCCUGCCAGCAGAGCAUCUGCUUUGCAUGUAUGAAAAAAAAAUGUCAAUGAGUCAUGUUGCCUUUGUAAAAUUCUGCUUUGUAUACGAAUGAGAGGCAGAAAUCAUCUUUGUGGUCACUCAAUGCCCUGGAUCAUAAAUGGGUGUAACUCUUGGCUGUAUUAUAUCCUAAGCAUGGUUGAACUUUCUUAUUAAGGUACCAAAAUGAUGUUGAUUUCCACUGCUACUUUGGGGGAGGGGAGGGAGAAUCUGAUUUCAAGGGUAUUUUCAACUGGAGCAGGAAUAAAAUUUUGGCUAAUGUGAAGUCCUUUUUUGGCUUGUCUUUCCCCAUCCAGACUAAUUUGCUAAUUAAAUAAAACAUUGGUGUCCAAAUGG